AAUUAGGAGUGCCUCGGCUAAGCCCAACCAAAAUUAUCAGAUAUGGGCUUUGACUCAUGUUUGACUUGGAGCUGUUGCUUCUUCUUCAGUGGCAGACCCAAAAAACCCACCUCCUUAAACCCUUGAAAAAACCCACGAAAUUUUUUGAAAAAAGAAUUAAAGAUUUACCAAAUUGAUAGCAAAGCUUGUUAAGGGAUUCGAAUUUGUACCUUUGUAGUGAUCAAAAUGGUGGCUGAUGAUAAAGCUGAGUUAGGGAGUUUGAUUGAAAUUCUACCCCCUGUUGAGUUCUGCUGUAUAUAUGGUUCCAAACUCCAUCCCAACAAUAAAGAUGAGACAUCUAUGAUAGAUUACAUUAUUGGAGUAGCUGAUCCUAAGCAAUGGCAUUCUAAGAAUCUAAAAUUAAACAAGGAUCACUACGCUUCAUGGCUCGUUCACCUUGGUGGAGCAAGAAUGAUAACUGAUAUUGCAAAUGACAUUGGUGUUGGCGUACACUUCAACCCAUUUGUGUCUUGCAACAACAAGAUGUUCAAGUAUGGAGUUGUUCGAAUGCAUGACUUGAUUCAAGACAUAUUGGGAUGGGAGAGGUUCUAUCUCAGCGGUCGUCUGCAGAAACCCGUGAACAUUCUUGUGGAUAACUUGGAUGUAGAAAAUGUGAACACUGUGAACCUAAAAGCUGCAACUUCUGCCGCUCUUCUCCUUUUGCCAUCAAAAUUUACAGAGGAAGAUUUAUAUGCCAAAAUCUGUAGCCUCUCAUAUAUGGGUGACUUGCGUAUGCUUUUUGCAGAGGACAAAAAUAAGGUCAACAAAAUUAUACAAGGACAAUAUCAUUUAUUUGAGAAAAUGUAUAAGUCAUCUCUGGAAGAAUAUGCGGCUAAGAACUUGUUGCGAUUUUCAUCAGCUGGUGAUAAGCAAGUACACAUAUUUCAGGAUUGUGGAUUAUGUGCUGCUUCCACCUUAGUUUCUUCUCUUCCUCCAUCAAUCAGAAGUGAGAUGGGCAUGAAACUUGGAGAAAAGAGGAUUCUCGAUGACUCUGGUAGAGUUAGGCAACAAGUAGUGAUUGGUUCAAAAGAACAGGCUGCUGAGUGCAUGAAGAGGCUUGUUAGACGUAAGGUUAUGGUUUCUAGUACGAGGCAGGCAGUUGCAGGUUUAUUGACUGCUGGUGCUGUUCAUGGAGUCAGAUAUGUUGCAAACAAGAUGCGGAAGGCUUGGAAAUCUUGGGGGUAAUGUGUUAACCUUGCAUCUUGUUUUUGGAUGAGAUCACUGCAUGUUAACUGCUUCAGACACGGGGAUAUAUCCACAAUUUGUUACAACGGUUGCCAGGCGCUUCAACCAUAGUGUUCAGUAGCAUGGAUAGAUUUUGCCAACUCUCCAGCUGCUUUUCAAAACCAUCGAAUGGAAUAAUAGAGAGGGAAUAGAACCAAACAACCUAUUGAAAAUGCAUUCACUUGUUGUAUCUUCUCUUUUACCAUUUUAGUGUUGGGAAGAGUUCUCCAGGAAAGGUCAGGCUGUUCUAUGAUUUAGAACAUCCUAAUGUACCAAUUAAAGAAGGAAUUGUUAUUGUUACUGUUUGCGCGCGCGCGCGUUCUUUUUUC